AUGGCGUCCGGCGCCGCUGAGCAGCCGGGGGCGGGAGCGGGAGCGGGAGCGGCCUCGGGGGCGGCGAGAAGCCCGCCUCUCAGCGCCAGGGAGCGCCGCCUGGCUGUCCCCGUGGGCGGCGCGGGGGCGGAGGAGGAGGAGGCCGGGCCGCUGCCGGCGCAGUUUCCCUCUCACCUGGGAGCUCUGAGCGGCAGCGGGAAGGCGGCGCUGUACUGCGACGAGCUCCUGAGGGGCUGCAAGGCAGAAGAUGCCAAUGAAGCCAUUAGCAAAUACCUUUUGGAAAAGUUGAAGAUGAAGGAAAAAUGGCUUGGAAUCUGGAAGACCAAUCCAGAACUUUUUUUUGUUAAUUCUGAAGAAAUUCCCAUACCAUAUGUUGGUGUGCUUGUUGAGGUUACUUGCAAACUGCCCCAGAAUCCCUCUGCUAACUUCAAAGUUUCUGUAUCUGUAGCUGAACCCUUUUCCUCUAAUAUUGCAAAUAUUCCAAGACAGUUAGUUGAUGAAGUUCUGGAGGAAAUGGAUCAUUGUGUGCCUCUUUUGGAAGUCUAUCCUGUAGAGGGGCAGGACAGCGCAGUGUAUGAUAUAGCCAAGGCUUUGGAAAUUGUGAGGUUCUUCUAUGACUUCCUUUGGAGAGACUGGGAUGAUGAUGAAAAGAGCGAGACCUAUGCUGCACUGAUAGAAGAGAGAAUUAAGAUUUGGUGUGAUAUUCAGAAUGGGACUAUCCCUGCUCCGAUUGCUCAUCGUUUUAGAAGAAAUCUUGAAAAGUACAAAAGUCUGCAUUUGGAGUUGAUUCAUUACCAAAGUAAUAUUAAAGAAGAACCCACAGCAGAAGAAGCAGUUGAAUGUUGGAAAAAGUAUUAUGAAUUGAUAAUGCUAUGUGGAUUGUUGAAAAUAUGGGAAGAUUUACGCUUGAGGGCUCAUGGACCUCUGACCCCAAGAAUUUUGAAACGGAGGAAAGGACACAGAGAUGAUGGAAAAACUGUAACUUACAUUGUUGCAAAAACAGCAGCAGCAGAAAUGGUUAAAGAAUUAGCCCCAGACACACUUCUUCAGCAGCAUGAUAACUUAAACCUGGCUUUGGACAGCUGUUACAGUGGAGAUAAUGUGCUUAUUUUCCCAGGAGAAUAUAAAGCAGCAAACCUUUCCAUGUUAACUGAAGAUAUUGUUAUUAAAGGGGUUGGAAGACGAGAGGAAAUUGUGAUUGUUUCAGAUCCUGUCUAUGACAGUUUUAUAGUGUCCAGGGCUCAAAAUCUGAAGAUAAUGAAUAUUACUGUGCAGCAGCAAGGGACUCUCGAUGGUAUUAUAGUAGUUGAAUCUGGACACACAUUUUUGGAGAACUGUGUUUUGAAGUGUGAAGGAACUGGUGUCUGUGUACUUGUUGGGGCUUCUCUGACAAUUAUAAACAGUGAGAUCACUGGAGCUCAGGGAGCUGGAGUCGAGUUAUACCCAGGAAGCACAGCUACUCUGGAGGGUAACAAAAUUCACCACUGCAAUAACUUCCGAACCUGUGACUCCUCACAUGGUAGUUUUGGUGGAAUUAACAUUAAGGUUCUUCCUGCUCCUAAACUGAGGAUGAAAAACAAUCAUAUUUACAGUAACAAUGGAUAUGGAGUGACCAUUAUUAAGCCUUCUGAGCAGCUGUGUGCUACAGCUGAAGGAACAGUGGAGUGUGCUGCUGCAGGAGAUGGCGAAGAUUCUGUUUCCAAACUAAUGCAGGAAUUGAGCCUUGAGAUGAGCACAAACAUACUAGAAGACAACACCAAAGGCAUCAGCAUAGUUAACUGAAGCUACAGGUUUCAGCUACAAAGGAAAACUUGUUGUAUUAAAAGAUAUUAAUAAGAA